AUGUCGCCGACGACGCCAGGACUAACCGGCCUUUCGCAUCCCUUCGCAAGUCCAAACAGUACCCACACGCGAGGUUUCAAACGCUCCGCCUCGAGCGACGACGACGACAACGGCGAUGGGGACACGCGACCUUCCUCUUCGUCGCGGCGCAGUACCGCGGUGAAGCGCGCAUGCAACGAGUGCCGGCAGCAAAAGCUCAAGUGUAACGUCCAGCAAGAUCCCUUUAUCAGUUGCGCGCGAUGCCAGAAGCAGAACCUCCGAUGCGUUAUCCAGCCCAAUUUCAAGCGCGUCGGCAAGCGCAACCGCAAUGCCGAGAUGGAAAAGGAAAUGGAGUACCUCCGCGAGAGGCUGGCCAUGUACGAGGGCCAGUCGACGCCGAACCAGCCCGUCUUGAAUGCGCCCCAGCAAGUCUCGGACAGCCACAGCCACAGCUUCACUCCCAGCACCAUGCCCAAGGUUGAAGAUGACGCAUUCCUGCAAACUCAGCACACACAAGUCGCUGCUACUUCUCUCCUAGACCUACGCAGUGGAUCGCCCAUGUUCUUUUCGCUUGGUGCGGGUGAAGUACGGCUUGGACACAGCGAGAUCAACGAACUCUUCGCCGAGUAUUUCCAACUAUACCAUCCAUUCCUACCCUUCUUGGACCAGGUACGGUCACCCGAUGAGUAUUAUUCGCAGGACCACAGGCUGCUGUUCUGGGCCAUAGUUGCUGUUGCCGCACGACGAUACGCACCCCGUCCAUCUUUACUGAAGGAACUCGCCAAACCGUUGAGCGAUCUUAUAUGGGAUUCGAUAAGAAACCAGCCAAACCACCACGUAGUCAAAGCUUUGUGUCUAUUAUGCACUUGGCCACUGCCGGCGGAGCGUACAGUGACGGAUCCAACCUUUAUCCUAUGCGGUGCCAUGAUGCAGGUGGCCAUGCAAAUCGGCCUACAUCAACCCACUCACCCCGAUGAUUUCUCUCGCACCAGAAUGCGGCUGCGUCGGGAAGAUAUACACGAUCGCCUGCGGACAUGGGCCGUCUGUAAUAUCGUAGCUCAAACAGUAUCGACAGGAAACGGGCAGCCUUCCAUCACACUUUACGAUUCGACCCUCGACUUCAAAAUAGACGAUGAAGAGCACAUGCGCAUCAUACCACCUACUCUGUUUGUGCGUUUGCGCCAGGAGAUGGCAGCAAGCAGGAUUAACAAGCUCUUGUACUCGGUGAACAGCCACCGGUUUGCCGAAGGCGCUGCUAUCAGCUAUAUGAGUCUUGAAGCAGACCGUUUGAAGGAAGAGCGCCUCAAAGAGCAGAGUAGCUCUCUGGAUGGCGUAGAUACCGAUCUUGAGGAACUCUACCACUUUGCGGUAUCACUCCACCUUCACUUAUACUCGUUCUUCAAUCCAGAGGCUCGGCUUGAAAGACGUGACGAUCUGGUCGCUUUGUACUUUGCAGCCACCGCCUAUCUCGAGCGCGUCUUCAAACUACAGCGCGAUGGCAAACUACCCCAUGUUCCAUAUUACGUCAUGCAGAUGGCUCUCGCGGCCGGCUUUGCACUACUCAAGCUUCUCAACUCUGAUUUUGCUAGCAAACUGCCCGCAGACAAAGGUCGGCGAUUUGUCCUACAAACUGUCGAUGCGCUAAGAAAGGCAAAGGUGUGGUCCAACGACCUACUGGAUCGAUUUGCUGAAGUUCUAGCCCAAUUAUGGAAAGAGAGCUCACGUGGACGCAGUCUGCAUAGUCUCUCGCAAUCGCCAUCACUCAACUCCAAUUCGGGUAUGAAUAGCAUGUUCAACCACCACAACCAACAACAGCUUCACCAGCAACAAAGUGACAGAAGAGACAGCACUGGCAUGUUCGAGGACCCCCUUGGUCUCAUCAUCCGUAGUCGGAUGAGUAUGAGUGUGUUGUUUGACUGUGCAUGGCGCUGGCGAGAAGCGCAGGUCAACGGCGCAGCUGAGCAGCUUGAAAACACAGUCAUGACGAACCCCACCAAUCCAGACUCUUCGACAAACUCUACACCGCCGCCCGGCGUUGUCAUGGAAGGCCCAGAGCAUACGACGCUUCCCAAUUUCAACCCUCAAAUCAGUACGCUGAGCAUGCCCCUCCCUCUCACUAACGGCAUGGCAAGUGCAAAUAGCUUCGAAAUGUUUGAUUCCGUAUCUUGGCUGUUGGAUACGCAGCCAGAUUGGACUUAUGGCAGUGGGACCUUUGGAAACGACUUUGGCGUCUAG